AUGUUGCUAAGAUUUUGCUCACUUCUUCUUUUUAUUAUCUUAAUAAAUGCUGAACAAUUUCAACCUGAUUGGGAACUUGAUUAUUUAUUUCCAUCAAUGAUUCAUGAGCCAGCUUUAAAAUUAACACCACCAUAUAAACGUGGCACCUAUUUACACUCCUUUACUAUUCCUCCUCCAAGUAAAAUUUAUGGACCACAUGUAGCUUUCUACCUGUUUGCUGGCCAACCGAAGAGUAAAACGGCUGAAAUUGUUUUGACUCAAGAUGGUGAAUUUUUUCAAACAUUAUCUGAAAAACAAUAUUGGCAAUCAGAAAAAAUACCAAUACCAUUAUCAAUGAAUGAAACAAUAAUUGAUCUAUAUAUUCGAGAUGGUGAUACUGUUGGCCCACUUUAUAUUAUUUAUGCCAAACGAGCAACUGAGUAA